AUGGCCAAUUUUGAAAACCAAACCCAAUUACUUGAAGAAAGAGAACCCAAAAUUGCAUCCUCUGAUAGUCUUUCAGAUGAUAUGAUUCAAAACAUUUUCACUUUCUUACCAAUCAAACAUGCAAUUUUAACUGCAACAACCGUGUCUCCUAAGUACAAAAGAUCAUGGUGUCAUAAUCGUCGAUUCUUGUUUGAUAGAGACUUAUGUUUCCGAUAUAACCAAGAAAAUUUGGCUGCAAUAGUUGAUCAAUUAUUCAAUUCGCAUGAAGGCGACGAAAUAAAAACGUUUCAGUUACAUAUCGAUCCUGUUGGGAUCGAAGUUUUGCUUAAGAGAUGGUUGCAAAUAUGCACUAAGAAAGAUCUAGAGGAUCUUGAGCUGUCUUUUUACCAACCUGGUUUCACAAUUGAAUCUACUGUUUUUAGCGCACUGCACAAGUUAAAAACAUUAAAAUUGGCUCAAUGUGUGAUCGAGUUACCAGAAGUUCCAAGUGGUUUGCAAUUUUUGCAAAAGCUAAAGCUAGCUAACAUCCACAUCACUGAAAAAAUGUCUGGUAUGUUGAUUGAGCAUUGUAAGAUGCUUGAAAUGAUUGUUUUAAUUAAUUGCUCUACAAUUAAGAAAUUGAAAUUAAUUGCUAGACAAAAUAAACAUUUCAAAGAAUUGAGAAUCGAUUAUUGUGAGGACUUGAAAGAGAUUGAAAUCGAUUCACCAACUCUUAGUUCCAUUUUUUAUCAUGGAAAAUUUCCAAUUAUUCGAAUUGCUCAAGGGAUGCAAUUGUACGAUGCUUUAUUUCGCUUUACACCAUCAAGAGAAUACAUGCAAUCUACUCAGCUAGAAGCUCUUGCCAAAGAUUUCUUACAUGUCAGCAUUCUCACCACUACACCUCAACUUAUUGAGGGUAUGGCUGUAAGGAUUCGUGAUGGGGUAUUGCGAGAAGCACAAUAUUGUUUUGUAAAUUUGAGGGAGCUUCAAUUGUUUAUGGAUGGGGCAAAAUUUUGCAAUCCAUACGAUAUAACUAUGUUUCUCAAAAAUUGUCCAUCCUUAGUGAAAUUGUUCAUUGAUCUAAAAAAUUACAAAUUUGACCUUGGAAUUUAUUGGGAAUUGCACCAUAAACUUCAACUUGACAAAUGCAAUCACAAAUUUACUCAACUCAAAGUUGCAGUGAUGAGAAGUUUUAAGUUUUUACCUUCUGAACUUGAGCUACUAAAGAUAAUUUUGCAAAGAGCAACAAUAUUGGAGAUGGUAUUUUUAAUUCUACCAGAGAAUGGAUGUUGUGAGUUCAGAACACAAGACGUACCAGAAUAUGCAAAACUUAUUAAUUCUUGGAAAGCAUCAACAAAGGCCAAAGUACAUGUAUAUGAAAGUUAUCAUGAUGAGUGUUUCGGUAAUCCAACUCAUUCAAAACGUUGGAUCUUAGACCCAUUUUAG